CUCCUUUGAGCUAUACAGGGGUUCUGUUAUUGAUUUUUAUGGGUAUGGAUACCAACAGAAAAUACGGUUUGUCAAAAAUAUAAAGUGUGCAACGAAGAUGUUAGUAUGGAAAAAAAAAAAAAAAAAUUGCCACGUAGGCAAGGGGUGGACGGGAGGUGGUUUCAUUUCUCAGAAGUUUAUAACAGGAUUUUGAUGGUUACUCGUGCGCACUAAAUGUUUGAUCAUUUUUCCGUGAGAAGUAGCCAAAAGAAAUUCCUCUUUUUUUUUUUUUUUUUUUUCUCUCUUCUGUUCAGUAGGAAUGGCAAACAGCAAGUACGAGUACGUUAAGUCAUUCGAAGUCGAAGACGAGGUCAUGCUGCCCAAUUUGAUUGUUGUUCGAAUCGACGGCCGCAAUUUUCGAAGGUUUUCUGAAGUACAUGAGUUUGAGAAGCCAGUUGAUGGGAGAGCUUUGAAUUUGAUGAACUUGUGUGCAACUGCCAUUUUAGAGGAGUAUCCAGACAUAGUCUUCUCAUAUGGGUUCAAUGAUGAGUACAGUUUUGUUUUCAAGAAGACAUCCAAGUUCUACCAGAGGCGUGCCAGCAAACUGCUAUCCCUCAUUGUAUCCUUCUUCUCUUCUGUAUAUGUCAUGAAAUGGAAAGAAAUUUUCCCUGAGAAGGAGUUGAAAUAUCCCCCAUCAUUUCAGUCACGGGUAAUAUGCUGUGCUUCAAAAGAAGUUCUUCAAACAUAUCUUGCAUGGAGACAAAAUGAUUGUCAUGUUAAUAACCUGCAUGACACUUGUCUCUGGAUGUUGAUUAAAGAAGGAGAGACUCAAAGGGAAGCACAAGAGUUUUUAAAGGGCACCCAAAAACAACAGAAAAAUGAGCUGCUUUUCCAGAAGUUCGGUAUCAAUUACAAAAACCUUCCUGCACUGUAUCGUCAAGGAUCCUGCAUCUUCAAAACUGAGGUGGAAGAAAAUGUAAAGUACAAUGAGAAUGGCACUCCUGUUAAAAGACUCAGGAGAAAGGCAAGAAUAGUACAGUCAGAGAAUAUAGCUGGUAGAAGCUUUUGGAAUGAGCUUCCAAGUCUUUUGAAGGAGGUGGGUGGUUUUACUGAGGAUGUGGACAAAAUCAACCCAGAGUAUGUUAGGUCCUUCCAAUUUGAGAACAAAUUGAUGCCAUCUACUUGGAUUGUAGUUAGAAUUGAUGGCUGCCAUUUUCACAGAUUUUCUGAAGUUCAUGAAUUUGAGAAGCCAAACGACAAACAAGCUCUGAACCUUAUGAAUUCAUGUGCAGUGGCUGUGUUAGAUGAGAUUCAAGAUAUAAUUUUUGCCUAUGGGGUCAGUGAUGAGUACAGCUUCGCUUUGAAGAAGGAUUCUCAAUUCUAUCAACGUCGAGCAAGUGAAAUAGUGUCUGUCAUUGUAUCAUUCUUCUCUUCCAUCUACGUGACGAAAUGGAAAGAAUUCUUCCCACGAAAAGAAUUGAAGUACCCUCCUUCUUUUGAUGGACGUGUUGUAUGCUAUCCCUCGUCUAAGAUUCUUCAAGACUAUCUGGCAUGGAGACAAGUUGAUUGCCACAUCAAUAAUCAGUAUAAUACUUGUUUUUGGAUGCUUGUUAACAAGAAAGGAAAAGGCAAAAGUGAAGCUCAAAAUUAUCUGAAGGGUACUCAAGCACGAGAGAAGAAUGAACUACUUCUCAAGGAAUUCAACAUUGACUACAAUGAAUUAGAAAUCAUGUUCCGGCAAGGUUCUUUAGCUUUCUGGGAGAAGUUUGGUAUGCAGGAGGAGGACAUUACUAUGACACACAAGAACGCAGCAUCUCUUGAAACUUCUCACAGUAAAGUUAUUGUAGAACAUUGUGAUAUAAUCAAGCCGGACUUUUGGGAAGCACACCCAAGCAUCCUUAAUGAGAAGCCACCUACCUUUUGAAGCACUGAUUCACAAUUUUUCCUACCAACAUGAAUGAAUCACUUGGAAAAGUUCCAUUGCCAUUAUUCUUGUAUUUUGUAUGAAUAUGAAGUUCUUAUUAUUACUUAUAAAAAAAAAAAAAAAAAAAAGUUCUUAUUAUUGGAAAAUUA